AUGAAGAAACUGGUCAAUCAGUUCGUCAAAGGAAUUGAGUAUAAGUUAGUGAAAGACGAGUUCGAGUCGGACUUGGGUUCGGUUCGCGUGCCGUUCGGUCGGCUCGAUAUGAGUGACCAACACCUGCACCAGAAUCUCACCUUUUUAUUGUCCACUAUCGAGAAGCAUAAGCCCUCCACCAGUAUAGUUCCGUUCAUAACUCGAGUUCUCAUACAAAGCGAACCAUCGAAAGAAGAGUUUGCACUCAAGUUCUGGGAUUAUGUGGACGGAUAUGAGGCCCGGAAUGCCGAGGCGGUCGACGAUGAAGCUGACGAUAAAGGGGACGACAAGGCAUUGACUUCCCUUUGAUUGCAAAUUACCGGUAUAUCCCGUAUACCAAACACGAGUCAUUUGUUACAUUAAAAAAGUCAUAAAAUAAAUAUAAAUG